CACUUCUACACCUCGGCUCCUUUAAAGGCAUGAAGUGGUGCGCCUUCGGCUCGCCUCAAAAACGGCCGGGUGCGUUCGGACGUUCAACGUAGCAGGAGGUUCGGCUUGGAGCGAUGAAAGCUUGGCAUCACCAGAGCGCUUGGAGCCGCGUUUUGGACAUCUUCAGGAGCUUGGGGCAACGCCCUCUUGCCGUGAAUUUGGCCUUGGCUGCCUGCAAGGCCGCUGGCUUGUGGCAGUUGGCCCUCCAGAUCUUUUGGUCCUCAGAAAUCGAUGCGUACAGCUACAGCACCCUAGUGGGCGCCUGCUGCGAGAGUUCUCAGUGGGAGGUGGCCUCGAGCUGUGCUCUUCCCACCGCAGCUGCCAAUGUCUUGCUCACCUUCUUGGCAAGGGACCACACCUUGUGGCCACGUGCUUUGCAGCUCUUCAGCGCACUGCCGCCACUGCAGGUCCAGAUCGAUGAGAUCAGCCACACAGCAGUUCUACAGGCUCAAGGUCAGAGUUUGCAGUGGUCAGGAUCCUUCCAGAUCUUGGAGGAGAUGACGCGCAGGAGCCUUGAAGGAAAUUGUGUGACCCACUGCGCAGCCAUCGGCGCUCAAGGUGGUGGCCCCUGGCAGCAAUCACUGAGGCCUCGCGAGCAACUCCCGCACGCCGACCUGGCCUUGUGGAACGCCCAGUUGGGCACCUGGGCUGAGGGGCACUGCUGGCCGAUGGUGCUUCAAUCCUUGGAGGCCUCCAAACUGGAACCCGAUCUCUCCAGCUAUGCCACAGCCAUGCGCUGUCUCAAGGAGGCUGGCCAGUGGCGACAGAGCUUGUACUGGUCAGGCCGCUACAUGACCAAGACGUUGCAGCCCCUGAGCAGCACCUGCAGCGCUUGUGGCAGUGCGCGGCACUGGCAAGCAGCACUCCAGCUACCGUUCAUCUUGGCAGAGCCCAUGGAUGGGCAUUUCCUCGGAGCCCUUAUUUAUGCCUGCCAGGAAGCCGCCCAGUGGGUGUCAGCCUUGGCCUGUGCGAGGCCUCGCGGCAGCUUGAAGCCCUCAGCGGUUGGUUUGAAUGCUGCCAUCAUCGCGUGUGGAGAGGGACAUGCCUGGGCCGAAGCGCUGAGUCUAUGGCACGACUCUCGUGGCGUCCGUGGAAACGACUUCACUGCUGCUGCAGUGAUCGAGGCCCUGGGCAAGGCCAAUGAGGUGCAGCUGGCACUGGAGCUGCUUCAGAGCAUGGAAGGUGACCUCAGUGCGACGGCCUUCAAUGCAGCCUUAGCUGUUUGUGCUUGGGCGGAGCAGAAAAGUGAACUCUUUCACGCCUGUGGCCACUUCCCGUCACCCUGGGAUCGCUACCGCGCGUGCCUGGGCGAGAAGUCGACUUCAUUGAAUGAAGGUGAAGAGUCAGAGGUGUGCUGUCAGCAAACAGAAAAGCAAGAGGAAGUAGAAGCAGAUGAUGUAGAGGAGGAUGCUGAAGAUGAUGGCAAGGAGCCCAUGUACUGUGCUGAGCACAUGCGCCACAGCUGGACAGACAACAGCAUGUUAAGUCGAGUCAUCUACCUUGUGCAGAUGGACUUGGUGGGUGCUCCCCGCAGGGGUGAGAAAGAAAGGACUCCGCCUAUGACUGUUGGGAUGCGACAGGACCGCCAGGACCUCAACGCUGCAGAUUGGUGCUACGAUGGCGACCUCCGCCUGUACACCAGAACGGCGACGGUGCAGGUCAUCCGUUCGUCCAGCACAUCCACAGUGCAGCUGCGCAAUGCCCAAAUUCAGGUGAAGAUCACCGAGGUCAAGGACAGAGGCUACAUGGCGAUGGUGCAGCUUGUGCAGAGCAGAAGGGGAAGAACUCCAACGCUGCUCUUGAACCUUGUUUCAAGUGUGGGCCUUCCUGAGAUGCCUGCGAUUGAGCUUUUGGCACAUUUCCUGAGGGGGAAAUGGACCAACAAGGAGUGGAUUGAGUAUUUGGGACAGGGACACGGUGAGCGAGAUGUGCAAGGAAUCAUCGACACACUCAAUGGUCCACUGGGUAUGCGUGGAUUGCGCGUGCAGUAUCAGGGUAAGAAGAAGAUUGUGAGUGGUAUAACUCAGAAGCCUGCUCGUCAUCUCUGGUUUUCCCAUGCGGAAUAUGGCAAUGUUUCUGUGCAAGAGUACUUCUUAAAGAAGUACAACACGGAGCUGAAGUAUCCACACUUGCCAUGUCUUCAGUGGGGCCAGUCCUGUGUCCCCAUGGAGUUGGUGACGAUCCUUGGUGGACAACACAACAUCGAGGCUGGCAAGCAGAGGCCAGAGUACCAAGCGGCACUCGCCAGGAUGACUUUGAGCCCCCCAUGA